UCCUGGCUCCGCCCCUCCCAGCCCUGAGGCCCCGCCUCUGACUCUACCCCUGUCUCUCUCUCCGCUCCGCCUCUCCUCUUCGUCCCUCCCCCAAGGCCCGGAAGCGAAAGCCUCUCCACCUCUUCCGAGCGGGGUCACGGCCGGGCCGUCGGUAGCCGGGUUUCCUAGAGUGCGGGGCGGUCGGCGGGUCAGGGCAGCCCGGGGCCUGACGCCAUGUCCCGGAACCUGCGCACCGCGCUCAUUUUCGGCGGCUUCAUCUCCCUGAUCGGCGCCGCCUUCUAUCCCAUCUACUUCCGGCCCCUAAUGAGAUUGGAGGAGUACAGAAACCGGAAUCAUCUUGAAGAUGGAAGAGGGCCAACCCUGCCCCUUGGGAAUAUUAACGGACACUGGAAGCUUGGCGAAUUGAAGGCGAAAGCUCCGUGUAAACGUUCCGCCCAUAACAAGUGUUACAGCAGUCGAUUUCUGGAGGCAGAGCGUUUUAAGUGCACACUCAGAUUUCCUUGUAGCUUCUUUUCAUCAGCCAAGACUGAAAUGGCCACUGUGUUCUGCCUUCCAGCUUAUCUGCAUGCACCAUGCGUGGGAGUAAGAGAAGGAACAAGCUAUAAAUCGGGCUGGAAUUGUUCAAGAGGAUGUGCAGCCACCAGGGUUAAAAGUGUGGUCUGAUCCAUUUGGCAGGAAAUGAGAGGGCUGUCACCAGCUCUGAUUAAAAAAGGAGAUUUCUUCAUGCUUUCGAUUCUGCAUGGGGUAUAGUCAGUCACCUCACCAGAGAAUGACGGCUGGAGAAGAAAACUCUAUAAUAUCAUAAAUAAGAGUGCUUGUAAUAAAAGACUGUGCACAAGGAUUAGUAUUUCCCUUCUUAAGUAUCAAAAGAACUCUGGAACAAAUUAUACCAUUAGGAAGGUUUUCAUGAUUCAGUUGAUUUUCCAAAAAUGAAGCUAUCUCACCCAGCUGGGUUUGGAGCAAUCUGCUUAUUAUUCUGUCGUUACCACUUACUCAAGCAAGCUGUGAUAUGAAUACAAGCAACCAGUAGGCUCGGGAAGGUCCGGGUCUAUUUUGCCAUCUUCCAGAUAAGAGAUUUCGGUAAAAAACUGCCAUGCUGAGCUGCCUUAUAGAGCUCUUUGAAAAUGUUCAAGUUGAUAAAGCUCUUUGAGGACAAGGUACUUCGUGCAUUGCACCAUGUUGGAAAAUAAAUAUGAAGCAAGUCAAACUAGAUGCAUACACUUGUGUAGAAAUCAAUAAUCAAUUAAUAGAAGUGAAAAAUAGACAUUAAAAUGAUUUAUUUCUA